UUCCUAGAUUAGAGAGGAAAAGCUGUGACGCCAGCCUCUGCGGCUCCUUUCUGCCUCGCUGGACACUGAGCCGAGAGUUCAUUUAUCAGCUCCAACUCGUUGGUUAUUUCCUAAGAAACAGAUUCAAAAAAGAGACCAGUAAUUCUGCUGGUAAUCCUCCUAAAAGCCGGGAUCCUGUAGGUUUUCUGUGCUCACUGUUUUCUAAGUUCCUGGAGUUGUGCGUCUGUUAAUCAGCAGGUUGAGUUCAGUUUUCCUUGACAUAAAAACUGCCGAAAUAUCUGUUUUCUUUGUGCUGUAAUAGUUCUGUUCUCGCUGCAGAGGAUGCUCUGUGUGUUUUUUCCUGUAGUCAGUGCCAUAGGUUACCUUUGAGGUCCAACAUUUGACAUAAGAAUACAAAAGGUUAGGUUCUACUUUUGCGAGCACUCAGUGGGCUGCCUGUGGAGGACACUGAGCUGGAGGGGUCGCUUCCCUCCCUGGACGUAAACCUGAGAGCCAUGCUGCUGCUGCUGCUGCUGAUCUGCCUGCAGACUUCACUGCAACAGGACCUUCCGGCCGGUCGAUGUGACACCCUCAAGCAGAAGAAUGUGUACACCACCUGCACCUCCUGGGCUGCUUUCGCCAUCAGCCACUGCCCCCCCGGAUUCAGCAAAGUGAAAGGCAGCGCCGGUUACUGCACCUAUGUGGUGAAGAUCGGUGGCAAGGAGCACAAGAUGUCGGGCCUUCGGCCACACUGCAGGAAGAGCUACAUGUAUCCGAUGUGCUGCCCACAGCACUGGGGACCACUGUGUCUACCGUGCCCCAGCUGGUCAGGGAAGACCUGUAACUUCAGAGGAACCUGUGAGGAUGGAGACCAAAACAACGGGACCUGUGUGUGUGAGGAAAAUUUCUCCGGUUUUUCCUGUCAUGAGUGUAAAAAUCCAAAUUCUUAUGGAGAAAAUUGUGAUAAAGAGUGCGAUUGCGUGCACGGAGUGUGUAAUAAGGGCCCGGAUGGUGACGGUCAGUGUUUGUGUCAGCCGCCGUACACCGGGAAACGCUGUGAUCAAGUGAGCAGCCGGUGCAGUAGCUGCACUCAAUACUCGUACUGUAAAGGAGAAGGAGACGACGCCUACUGCGAGUGUCUGCCAGGAUACAGGAAGUUAUCAAGGAACACGUGCACAAGAGUUUGUUCGCAGAAGGACUGCGACGUCAACGCCCAAUGCUCCUCACAGGGGUCAAAGGUCGUCUGCACAUGUAAGCCAGACUACGAGGGAGACGGCAAGGUCUGCGUCCCCCGAAACCCCUGCUCAGAAAACAAUGGAGGAUGUCCAGUUAAUUCCACUGUUUGUGUGCUUGAUGGACCCAACAAGUCCAUCUGUAAGUGUAUGUUCGGCAUGUCCCCCAUUGGUGGCGAUCCGAAGUCUGGCUGCCGGCUGGUUUCCGCCUGCUUUUCGGACACCUGUCACCCCACAGCGACCUGUCAGACCGGAGUGGACGGACAGCCCAGGUGCGUCUGCGGAGAGAGUCAGAUCGGCGACGACUAUCGCUGCUACGAUAACCUGAUGGACCGUCUCCUCCAGCUGGAACUGAGCGGCGACCACAGAGAUAACAUGACCCUGGCUGUCUCUCUGUUUGAGAACGGCUGUUAUGAUCUACUGCGUCACAGCGGAUCUCUCACAGUCUUCCUCCCUCUCGUGUCAAGUCUCCCCAACGGUGUGAAUCUGGAAGUACUGUGUAAAAACCACAUAAUCCUGGGUCAACGUCGUUACGCAGACCUGACAGGAAAAGCCUACCAAAUGUACGGAGGAGGCAGGCUGAGGACCAAAGAACUCCAGAAGUUUAUCCUGCUGGGAAACCCCAGCCGAGUGUACACCGUCAUCCAGAAGGAUCUGCCUGCAGCCAAUGGGGUCAUCCACAUUAUCGACAAAGUGAUCAUCGACCGAUUCUCAGACAAGUCCACUCGUGAUGAACGGUUUGCUGACAAGACAAUUGGGGAGAUUCUGUCAAAGGACGGAAGAUACAACAGAUUCCUCUCUUUGGUUGACCUGACGGCCGAUGAGCUGUCGGCUCUCCCACAGAUUCAGACGAUGGCAAAUCAAAAGGUCGUCGUCAAUGUGUCGGCGAACGGUGAGAUCCUGCUGGGUGAGAAGGGCGUUCGACUGGUGACCAAAGACAUCGUGGCUUCCAAUGGGAUCAUACACAUGAUCGAUGGUCUGCUGUAUCCACCCUCCAUCCUCCCCAUCCUGCCUCACCGCUGCGACAUCGUCCAGAACAAGAUCACCAUGGGUCCGUGCGUCCAUUGCAGUUACCUCCAUGAGACACGGUGUCCGAAUGGCGCUGUUGAAAUGGACAGGCAUCAGAUCGGCUGUGAAUACGUCACACUUCCUGCCAAUGUCCACAAAGGCUGUGCAAAAUUCUGCAACACCACCUUCAAGGUAGAAGAGUGCUGUAAAGGUUUCUACGGUCCUGACUGUAAACCCUGUAUUGGAGGAUUUAAGCAUCCGUGUUACGACAAAGGAACGUGCUUUGAUGGGAUCAGCGGUAACGGCUCAUGCAGCUGUCAGGAGGGCUUGAAGGGGAUCGCCUGCCACCUCUGUGUCGAUCCGGCCAAACAUGGAGACAACUGUGACGAAGACUGUCACUGCGUCCACGGUGUGUGUGACAGUCGACCCAGCAGCGGUGGUGUGUGUCGGAAUGGAUCCUGCUUUGAGGGAUACUCUGGACCAAACUGCGACAAGAUGGCCAUGCCCUGCAACUCUGACGGGAUGAUGGAGCACUGCCACAUCCACGCAUACUGCACACACAACGGCCUGAAUAACAUAUGCGCGUGCCGGGACGGAUACGAGGGCGACGGUCACUCCUGCACUCCGAUCAACCUCUGCCUGAAGAGCAGCCGAGGAGGCUGCGACACAAACGCUGAGUGUACGUAUGUGGGUCCGGGUAAUGUGUCGUGUGUGUGUGCGGAGGGCUGGACUGGUGAUGGACAAGUGUGUGUGGAGAUCAACAACUGUCAGCUGGAGAGUCGAGGGGGCUGCAGCCCCAAUGCCAACUGUAACCACAUUGGACCUGGACAGAGUGAGUGUGUUUGUAAAAUAGGCUACAUGGGCGAUGGCAUCAUCUGUGACUUCAUCGACCCCUGUUCAAUAAGCAACGGAGGCUGCCAUGUGACGGCAACCUGUGCACAGACUGAGGGUGGAGCUCACACCUGCACCUGUCCUGAAGGCUUAGCUGGAGAUGGGCAGACCUGCUACGGAACCAUACUUGAAGAGCUGGACUCAGGCGGAGAGCUGUUUCCUUUUAACCAUUUUGUGGAGGACAGCCUUGGUUUCAUGGAGGAUUUGAGCGGAAACGUAACACUGCUGGUCCCGUUUUCCGAAGCUAUGGUAAAUAUGACCUCAGAUGAGUACAUGUUCUGGAACAAACGACACCGCCUGCGUCCUUUCCUGCGGGCUCACAUCUUACAAGGCAUCUACUCCCUAGAAGAUCUGGAAACUCUGGUUGGGCAAAGUCUGCCCACCCUACAUCCUCCAACCCGGUGGGAGAUCAGCAACGCCAGUGGGGUCAUCCAUGUCGGAGACGCUCCCAUCAUCACUCCCAACAUGCCAGCAAUCAACGGCUACGUUCACAUGAUAAACAAGAUUUUGAUGGUGCCCCAGUCAGAUCUCCCCCCCGACCCUCCAACCCUGAUGGCGUUCCUGAACACGUCCUCCAACUUCACCCUGUUCAGAGAGUACGCCCAGCUUUACAACCUGUCAGGAUAUUUGGGUCAGUUUACUUUCACGCUCCUGCUGCCAACAGACGAGGCCAUCAGGCAGGAUCUCCAAAGGACAAAUUCCUCCAAACUGGAUGGUGAUGUGGUGAAGUACCACGUGCUUCGCCAUGGGGUGAUCUUUCCCGACACCGUGUCUGAUGGCACACUGAAAAGCACCGUGCUGGGCAGCAGCUACCAGGUCCAGUUCCACCGGAACCACAGCAAUCAGACAUUUGUGAAUGACGUUCUUCUGGACGGCUCCUUCAUCGAUACGCAGAAUGGCGUCCUCAUCGUCCUCAAUCAGGUCCUCAAAGUUCGCCAAAACAGAUGUGACAAGCCAGUCACCCUAAGGAAAAGAGGAAGGUGCACAGACUGUGAAGGAAAGCCUCAAUGCUACUACGGAUACAAGCCGGUCAGACCUGAGUUUCCAGUUAACAUGCAGUCCAACUGUAAAUUCAGAAAGCGUGCUGGAGGCAGGAGGAAGACGGUGUCGGGCUGCAUCAUGGACUGUAUUCUAGCCACCAAGGAUCACUCCUGUUGCCCUGGGUAUUAUGGCCACGAGUGCUUCAAAUGCCCCGGAGAAGUCGGCAGCUGGUGCUCUAAUCACGGGGAGUGUCAGGACGGUCACCUCGGCAACGGAGAGUGCCGUUGCUACGAGGGUUUCCAUGGCACCGCGUGCGAGGACUGUGAACCGGGAAGAUACGGAGUCAAUUGCUCCUCCAAGUGUGUGUGUACUCAUGGCAAGUGUGACGACGGUCUGGCAGGAAGUGGCAAGUGUAUGUGCUAUAAAGGCUGGAAAGGAUCUACCUGCUCUAUAGAGAUCAAGGACGACGCCUGUGGAGGCAGGUGUGACGAGAACGCAAACUGCAUCACAGGGCCGAACGGUCAAGCUGCUGUGUGUCUGUGCGCAGCUGGAUAUGAAGGAAAUGGGACGUACUGCAAAGAGCUGGAUUUGUGCAGCAGGUCUAACGGCGGAUGUUCAGAGCUUGCUACAUGUAUGAAGGUGUCAGCAGGAGAGAGGACCUGCAGCUGCAAGGCCGGGUACACUGGAGACGGGGUCGUCUGCCUGGAGAUUGACGGCUGUCUGGUCAACAAUGGAGGCUGCCAGGAGUUCGAGGAGUGCGUCAGAGCAGGUCCCAACAUUACGUCCUGCAGGUGUCAGGAGGGCUUCAUUAGAAGAAUGUGGACCUGUGAGCGUAUGAGCCUCUGCGGAUUGAACAAUGGCGGUUGCAGCAAGUACGCUAACUGUGAGUACUUCGGUCAGGGUCAGAGGAACUGCACCUGCCGCAGAGGCUACAUCGGUGACGGCUUCGAUUGCCACGGAAUCACUGACAAGGAGAUUUCCCGAAACCCAGAAAAUUCCUUCUUUCGAAGAAUGUUAAAGUUGUCAGAAGGUCCUGAACUUUACGGUCGUGGACCAUUCACAGUCUUUUCCCCAGUUGAAGGAACCAAUGAAACACUGAUCCAAACGUGGAAGAGUGCUAGUCGAGUAACUGAUCUGACUUUCUACCACGUGGUUUCCUGUGAAACUUUGAACUUCACUGACCUCAAAACCACAGAGCGAGCCAUCUCAGUGUUUGGCCACGCUCUGCACUUCAGCGUGCGGGAGGGUGCAGUGUGGAUCAACAACAGAUCAAGGAUAGUGAAAAGUGAUUACGCCACAUCGAACGGAGUCAUUCACCACAUCGACAAGCUGCUCACGCCGUACCGGCUGGAGGACAAACUGAACCCAUCCACCCCAGCUCGAUGCAUGAAUUUAACCACAGCAGCUUCCUUUUAUGGCUACUCCCGCUUCUCCACACUCCUGGAGGAAUCUGGGGUGUUGCCGCUGCUUGACAUGUCCAUCCACCAGCCGUACACCAUCUUCUGGCCCACAAACGAAGCUCUGGACUCCAUGCCAGCUGAAAGAUGGCGCUGGCUCACCAGCCCCAACAACAACGAGCAGCUAGCUGCCAUCGUGAAGGCUCACAUUGUACGCAGCUACAAGGUAGAUGUCUGGACUGUACUCAACAUAGUCCUAAGCUUUACUUCUUAUUCACAGUCUGGAGAGAAGGUAGAAGAAGAAGAAUCUGAUUCAAGUGGUGGAUCUGAUUCAAGCUCUACCUACCCCAAGAGUCAGCUGUCCUACAGCCCAUCGCAACGGCCAGUCACUGAUUCAAAGGAAUCUGCAGCAGAAGGGUGGAGAAGAGAGUGCCGCAUGCUACAGCGGGAGAAGGAAGAUCUCCUCGUAUCAAUGGAGAAACUCAAGAUAGACAGACUGUACAGAGAAGAGCGGGACUAUGGAGAUCAUGUGUCAAGGUCCAAGUCAUCAGUCCAUCACCAUGACAGAGAGAUGAGGUUUAGAAGGGAAACCACACCUCUAUCAUCCUCUGACAAGCGUCAUACCUACAGCAGAGAGCCAAAGGAAUACAGAGGAAAAUACCGGUAUGACUCCUCCUCACCUGAGCACUCUCCUGAGCCAGCCCGCCCAAAGCAAGACCUGCGUCGAAGCUAUGAGCACAGAGAGAGGCGCUACAGCCGUUGUUCCAGCUAUGAACGGUCAAGCCGCCGCCACUCGCCUCAGCACCGCCGCAGUCACAGAGACCUCUGUUAUUCACCCCGGGAAUACAGAGAUUCUUUACAUUACAGCGACCAUUCUCCUGAAUAUCGUUGCCGUUAUUCACCAGAGCGCCGUGAGGGACGUCGCCCUUCGACACCUCGAUAUGAGCACAGACGCCGCCGCUCAGUGACCCCUCCUGGAGGACAAGAGAGAACAUACAGGGGGCCCACUCCUACAAUCCCAGACUUUAAUCAUCCAAAACCAAGGGAGUUUGCUAGACUCCGUAUCGCCCUGGACAAUCUCCUCCCUAGAGACGCCACUGAACGUUUUAAGUUCCAAAUACUAGUGGACCAUCUGAAGCUGGAGGAAGCAUUGCUGGUGGCAGAUUCUUACAGUAAUUCUGACUACCCCUUCACAGACACCAUGGCAGCUUUAAACCAGCAGUACGGGCAGCCACACCAACUCGCCCUCCAAUGUAUUGCCGAACUGAUGGACGGCCCCAACAUCCAGAGUGGUGACAUAAGGUCAUUCAGGUUGUUCGCCCUGAACGUCCGAUCCCUGGUAAGCAUGUUGGAGCAACUCGGCUUGAAGGGGCAGGUUGAGUUGGACUGUGGUUCUCACGUCACUCGUCUGCUGGGAAAACUACCACAUGACUUAAGAUCCAGUUUCAGGCGUUAUAUACACCCUCUCCGCAUUCCAACCCCCACUUUACUGAACCUCGCAGACUGGCUGGAGUAUGAGCUACUGAUCCAGGAAGAUAUAGCUCAGUAUCACAGAAAGAGGGAUACUGGAGCAAAAUCAAAGGAUUCAAAGAGCACUGCCAAGCCGCUACCAAAGGCCUUAUUCCUCAUGCUGGGGGCUGGAACUGAACCAGUGGGGAAGCCACCCCAGUCUACAUCCACAACAGGUCAAGGUUCAAAGAAGUUCUGCCCUUUAUGUGAUAACUACAAACACACCCUAAAUAAUAGCCCAAACUUCACCUUCCUCAGUGCCACCCAGAAGCGCAGCUGGAUACAAGAUAACAAUCGCUGUUGGCGGUGCGGUAGAGAUCACAGAUCAGCUGAAUGUGAUCUGAAGAUGUGUUGUAAAACAUGCAACAGCAGACACCUCCUUGCCCUUCAUGAGGUCAGUGAGAGGAACCCAGCCAAGACUGACAAAGCUGAGAGAAAACCUGAACCGAUGAAGCAGAGUGGGAGCAAACCCUUGCCCACACAAGCACCUGAACAAAUCCUAUACAUCGGAAAGCCCCCGCUGGGCCACCGCGUCCUUCUAAAGGUCAGCAAGGUCAUCCUUCGCUCUGGUGACCGAACGCUAGAAACCUACGCUGUGUUGGACGACGGUUCAGAACACACAUUGCUUCUACACCGUCAUUGUUGUUGUCCAGUGUGUCCAGGUGGUUUGGAGGCCCCCUGUGGAAACAAAGGGUCCUGUAACGAUGGCAUCCUUGGGCUCGGUGACUACAGGUGUAAUAAAGGCUCCACGGGAACAUCCUGCGAACGGUGUCAGAGGAACUACUAUGGACUCAACUGUACAGCCUGUAGCUGUGGGAAGAAUGGAAAGUGCAAUGAUGGCGUGGACGGCUCUGGACUGUGUACCUGUAACUCCGGCUGGGAGGGCGACCAGUGCCAGAGGAAAGUGGGUUCAAUCCCGAAGGAGUGCCAGCAGUGCCACGCCAAUGCAUUGUGCCUAACGGGGGUGGGUUGCCGCUGUAAAUCUGGAUUUGAGGGUAACGGUACCUCCUGCAGCCCUGAACCACCACCGGACCUCUGCGCCGAGUACAACGGCGGCUGUCACCAGAACGCGAACUGCAGCCAGACGGGACAAGUCGUCAACUGCACCUGUCAGAGCGGCUACCAAGGCGACGGCUUCGAGUGCGAGCCCAUCAACAGGUGUGUUGAAGAGCCGAACGGAGGCUGCAGUGACUUCGCCACCUGCACCUUCACUGGUCCGAACGAGCGUACCUGUGAAUGCCAGUCGGGAUAUGUGGGAAAUGGAGUCCAGUGUCUGGAGAAGGCGGUUCCUCCUGUUGAUCGGUGCCUGGAAGACAAUGGAGGCUGUGAUCCCGUGGCCUCCUGCAAGGAUCUACAUUACCAUGCCAACACAGCCGGAGUUUUCCACCUGCGCUCUCCAGAGGGGAAGUACAAGAUGAACUGCAGUCAGGCCGAUGCCGCCUGCCAGGCCGAGGGCGCCACGCUGGUCAGCUUUAAACAGCUGGGAGACGCACAGCAGCUGGGGAUGCAUCUGUGUGUGGCCGGCUGGAUGGAGGGAGGGAAGGUGGGAUACCCGACUCGCUACCCUUCAAUUAAGUGUGGAGAAAACCACGUGGGCCUCGUUAUGUACAAAGAACCUGUGGAUCAGAGCAGCAAGUACGACGCCUACUGCUACAGGCUCAACGAUGUUUCCUGUUCGUGUCCCCGUGAAUUCGUCGGAAACGGAGACUUCUGUCACGGCGUCCUGACCAGCGUUCUCGCAACGUACAACAACUUCUCCAUCUUUUAUAAGUUUCUGGUGGACUACAGCAUCUCGUCACCAGCGGGGCAACGACUGGUGGACGUUUUGUCUCAUCGACAGUCUAACGUCACAAUUUUUGUGCCUCACAAUGCCGGCUUCGCCCAAAACCAGACUCUGUCUGCACGAGAUCUGGAAUAUCACAUCUCCACCAAUCACAGCAACCGACUGUACAGCGACCUGCGACCUCAGGAAACCAUCGCCUCCAGACUCGGGUUCAACCUGACUGUUACUGCCAACAGCAGUGAGAACCGUAAACUGGUGAACAAGCGGCUGCUGGUGGAGUGGGACAUUCCUGCAGUGAACGGGAUCAUCCACGUCAUCGAGGCCCCGCUGACCGCACCUCCCCCACCGAUCUUCCACUCGCCGGCCAGAGGACACGCCCGCUCGAGCAGCGCCGCGCUGACCAUCCUGGUGACGGUGCUGCUGGCGUGUGUGUUGGCUGCGGUGGGCUACUACCUCCUCAAACACAAGAACGACAACUUCCGCUUCCGCUACUUCAAAAAUGAAGACGAGAACGAUCCAAUGGGUGGCAGGAACAAGCCCACCCUGGUCUCCAUCCCAAACCCCCUGUACAACGCCUCCAGAGCCUUCAAUGAGCCCUUUGGGGAGACCAGUCAGCAGGGGGCGGAGCCAGCAGAGAGAGAAGACCCUCCAAACCUACUGGAUGUGGACCAGUAAAACCAGCUCAACCAGUUUAACUGGAACUUUCUGUGUGUUUACACAACCACCCGGUGGCUUCAACAUGCUUCAGAUUCUUUGCAGUCUGGACACUUUGUGUCCAAGUACAAAAUGAAAGUUGUCAAUCUUCUCAAACAAACUUUUUUUUUUUUUUUUAAAUGGAUCAGUAAAAAUGUGUCUGACACUAAAUGGUUGCUACUGCUUCCACGUCUCAGAGGCUCCCUUUAGCCUUGUUCUGUUUGUUUCAGCUUUUAUGACUCAAUCACAGUUUCCUGCAGUAAAUAAGAGGAUCACUGAGACGCUCUGGGGCCACGUGUUGACCCACAGAAAC